GCCGCCGCCUCCUCCCUGCCUGCGGCCGCUCGCGCAUGCGCGGUUAGCAGUCGCUUCUGGGCGGCCGCCGGCGGGAUUGGUCUGGGGAGACGCGGGGACCAAGUGGCAGCGACUCGGACAUCUGAGCUGCCACUGCUGAAAACGGGCCCGCAGGACAGGUAAUCAGUAUGUAUUUCCAAAGAUUUUGGCUAUAUUUGGGUCUUCUGUUCAUCUCAAUUAAUGCAGAAUUUAUGGAUGAUGGUGGUGAGAUGGAAGAUUUUGAUGAAAAUUCAGAAGAAAUUGAUGUUAAUGAAGGUGAACUCUCCUCAGAGAUUAACUAUAAAACACCUCAACCUAUAGGAGAAGUAUAUUUUACAGAAACUUUUGAUAGUGGAAGGUUGGCUGGGUGGGUCUUAUCAAAAGCUAAGAAAGAUAAUGCAGAUGAGGAGAUUUCCAUAUAUGAUGGAAGAUGGGAAAUAGAAGAACUGAAAGAAAACCGAAUACCUGGUGACAGAGGGCUGGUGUUGAAAUCUCGAGCAAAGCAUCAUGCGAUAUCUGCGACAUUAGCAAAACCCUUCAUUUUUGCUGAUAAACCUUUGAUUGUUCAAUAUGAAGUAAAUUUUCAAGAUGGUAUUGAUUGUGGAGGUGCAUACAUUAAACUCCUAGCAGACACUGAUGGUUUGAAUCUGGAAAACUUUUAUGAUAAAACAUCCUAUACCAUUAUGUUUGGACCAGAUAAAUGUGGAGAAGAUUAUAAACUUCAUUUUAUCUUCAGACAUAAACAUCCCAAAACUGGAGUUUUUGAAGAGAAACAUGCCAAACCUCCAGAUGUAGACCUUAAAAAGUUCUUUACAGACAGGAAGACUCAUCUUUAUACCCUUGUGAUGAAUCCAGAUGACACAUUUGAAGUAUUAAUUGAUCAAAUAGUUGUAAACCAAGGAAGCCUACUAGAAGAUGUGGUUCCUCCUAUCAAUCCUCCCAAAGAAAUUGAAGAUCCCAGUGACAAAAAGCCUGAUGAAUGGGAUGAAAGAGCAAAAAUCCCUGAUCUUUCUGCUGUCAAACCAGAAGACUGGGAUGAAAGUGAACCUGCCCAAAUAGAAGAUUUAAGUGCUGUGAAGCCUGAUGGCUGGCUUGAUGAUGAACCAAAAUUUAUUCCAGAUCCUAAUGCUGAGAAACCUGAUGACUGGAAUGAAGACAUGGAUGGAGAAUGGGAGGCACCUCGUAUUUCUAAUCCAGCAUGUCAAAUUGGGUGUGGUGAGUGGACACCUCCCAUGAUAGAUAACCCCAAAUACAAAGGAGUGUGGAGACCUCCAAUGAUAGAUAAUCCUAACUACCAGGGAAUCUGGAGUCCUCGAAAAAUUCCUAACCCAGAUUAUUUUGAGGAUGAUCAUCCAUUUCUUCUGACUUCUUUCCGUGCUCUUGGUUUAGAGCUUUGGUCUAUGACCUCUAAUAUCUACUUUGAUAAUUUUAUUAUCUGUUCAGAAAAGGAAAUAGCAGAUCGCUGGGCUGCAGAUGGUUGGGGAGUGAAAAUAAUGAUAGCAAAUGCUAAUGAGCCUGGUGUAUUUAAACAGUUAAUGUUAGCUGCCGAAGAGCGCCCAUGGCUUUGGCUCAUUUAUCUUGUGACGGCAGGGCUUCCAGUAGCAUUAAUUGCUUUAUUUUGUUGGCCAAGAAAAGUCAAGAAAAAAUAUGAAGAGUCAGAGUAUAAAAAAACUGACAUAUGUAAACCACAAACAAAGGGAGCACUAGAGCAAGAAGUGAAGGAAAAGAAAGCCAUCCUGGAGAAACCAGUCGACUUGGGAGAAGAAAAAAAGCAAAGUGAUGGUGAAAGUCUUGAAAAAGAAGAGGAAGGUGAACCUGAGGAAAAGAGUGAAGAAGAAAUCGAAAUCAUUGAAGGACAAGAAGAAGGUAAUAAAUCAAAUAAAUCUGGAUCAGAGGAUGAGAUGAAGGAAGCAGAUGAGAGCACAGGAUCUGGAGAUGGGCCAGUGAAGUCAGUACGCAAAAGAAGAGUGCGAAAGGAAUAAACUAAAUUCAAGUAUUUUUAAUUCGUGAGCGAGAUAUUUGGCAUUCUAAAAUCAGUGUGCCAUAUCUGAACUUGAGUCACCUGCACAUUUUUCUAAUACCUAGCAAUGUUAUUCUUUCAGACAUUUGUUUUAGUCUUUCUUUUCAGGAGAAAAAAAAAAAAAAACUUUGAAGUUACCUGGUCUUUGAAUUUAGAAUAAAAAAGAGUGGCACGUUGUAUAUCAGAUUUAAGAGAAUAAUGUCAUUAGACGUUACAGAGUUUUAAUAGUUUGGAGAAAGAAGUUUUGGUUUGUACAGAGCAAAAUAAUAUGCAGCAGCUUCACGGCUAUUGGAAAAUCAGUUAUUGGAAUUCCUCUUAAAACAGCUCGACGACAAUAUAACUGGCAGUUGUACAACGAAAACGAGAGUGUGUUCUGUUGUACAGAGCUAAACGCAAUAAAGUUUCUGUAUGCUUGUUUGAUUCUA